AUGUUAACCAAUUAUUCUGAGAUAAAACAAGUCGAAGACAACCUUCGUUGGGCGACAAUGCUUUCAUUUAAUGUGAAAAGGAUACAAGAUCGUUUUGGUCAUACAAAAAUUGAGGGAGCUCCUUAUAAUAUAAAUAAAUUCCUUGUGAAUGAAUCAGAGAUCGGCGAAUUUUAUAAAAAAGUUUUUCGACGAAGCUUCGAACUUGGUAAAAUUUAUAGAGAGGGCCAGCCCUGGUGUGGACUAAGAAGGAUAAUUUUUGGGGGAUAUUUUAUAACAGCAUUUCUAGCAUUUAUUUUAAAGGAUCAUCUCGAUUUUUCACUGAUUUUGAUCAAAUCGACUAUCAAAGCCUUCCACAAUAUGUUGGAGGAAGUUUUGGAUUGA